CUCCCGGGAGCCGGCCGUGCGCUCCCGCGGAGCCUCCCGCACGGUGUCCCCGCGUGUCUUCUACAGCUCAGUCUACCGUCGCUCCUGUCUUGGUACCUGUCGGUAACUAGAUAACCGGAAGACUUGCAAACAUGUCUGAGUUUUGGCUUAUUUCGGCCCCUGGCGAUAAGGAAAAUUUACAGGCUCUGGAAAGGAUGAACAACGUAACUUCAAAGUCUAACUUGUCCCACAACACCAAGUUUGCCAUCCCAGACUUCAAGGUGGGGACUUUGGAUUCCCUUGUUGGCCUCUCUGAUGAGUUGGGGAAACUCGAUACCUUUGCAGAAAGCCUCAUAAAGAGAAUGGCGCAGAGUGUGGUGGAGGUCAUGGAAGAUUCCAAGGGGAAAGCACACGAGACCCUCCUGGCUAACGGAGGUCUGAAGGAAAAGAUGAAAUGUUUAAAGAUUGACCUGACAUCCUUCGUGACGCACUUCGAGUGGGACAUGGCCAAAUAUCCCGCCAAGCAGCCACUGGUGAGCGUGGUGGACACACUGGCCAAGCAACUGGCACAAAUCGAGACAGACCUGAAGUCCCGGACAGCCGCCUACAGCGUUCUGAAGGCCAACCUGGAGAACUUGGAGAAGAGAUCCACGGGGAACCUCUUCACUCGGACACUGAGCGAUAUUGUCAGCAAGGAAGACUUCGUACUUGAUUCUGAAUAUCUCAUAACCCUCCUGGUCAUUGUCCCCAAGUCAAGCUUUGCACAGUGGCAGAAGACAUAUGAGUCCCUAUCGGACAUGGUGGUCCCUCGGUCAACCAAAUUGAUCGCCGAGGACAACGAAGGUGGCCUCUUCACGGUGACUCUCUUCCAGAAAGUGAUUGAAGAUUUCAAAGUCAAAGCCAAAGAAAACAAGUUCAUUGUCCGGGAAUUUUACUACGAUGAAAAAGAAAUUAAAAGAGAAAGGGAGGAGAUGACGAGGCUGCUGUCUGAUAAGAAACAACAGUAUCAAACUUCCUGUGUUGCUCUAAAAAAGGGAUCAGCCACCUACCGUGACCACAAGGUUAAGGUAACCCCGCUAGGUAACCCUGCUAGGCCUGCUGCGGGGCAGACCGACAGAGACAGAGAGAGUGAGGGCGAGGGUGAGGGACCUCUGCUGCGCUGGCUCAAGGUGAACUUCAGCGAGGCCUUUAUUGCCUGGAUCCACAUUAAGGCCCUGAGAGUGUUUGUGGAGUCUGUGCUCAGGUAUGGACUUCCAGUGAACUUCCAGGCUGUGCUCCUGCAGCCCCAUAAAAAGUCAGCCACCAAACGCCUGAGAGAGGUGCUCAAUUCUGUCUUCCGGCACCUGGAUGAAGUUGCUGCAGCAAGCAUACUGGAUGCAUCCGUGGAGAUUCCUGGACUGCAGCUCAGCAACCAGGACUAUUUCCCCUAUGUGUACUUCCAUAUCGACCUCAGCCUUCUUGACUAGGUGGCCAGCCUGUUUCACUGCAGCCUCAGACCUUGCCAGACAACCGAGUCCUGCAGGAUUCUGACUCAGAAGAUACUCACAGACGUUAG